AUGGUGUACACCUUUUGGCACAACAUCACUGCAGCACGGUUUAGAGAUAUGGUCUCAAAGGAUAAAGUGAGACCUGAGAGGUCUGAGUGGAUAAGUCAGACCAUAUGGGAUACUAUGUGGGUAUAUUGGAACAGUGAAGACGGCAAGAAGAGGAGUGCUACGGCUGCUGCAAACAGGUUAUCAAACCGAUCUGGAUUUGGCCCUCAUAGACACACUGCAGGGGCAAGGAGUUUUAACCAAGUCAGAGAGCUUAUUAGACAAAGGGAAGGCAUUGAGCCUUCAAUGCUCCGUGUACUCCGAGAGACCCAUAGGAAACCUGAUGGCACCUAUGUUGAUGCAAGGGCUGAGUUUAUAGAUGAAGAAAUACAGAGGCAGGUACAAACUAAUGAGGUUCUAGGGUCAGAAACCCAGGGCACCGGCGUUACUGGUUUGACCCAGCUUGAAGAAGACAAUCGGUACUUGAAGGUUGUGACACCAAGCCAAGCAGGACGUAUAUUUGGGCUUGGUGGUGAGCCUCAAAUUCGGGAGCGUGGGGAAAGCUCAUCCAUGGCUGUCACAAGACUCUCUCUAGAGCGCCAAGUAGCUGCUCUCCAAGAGCAGUUGUCAAUUGUGGUGGAUUACAUGAAGUGUUACAUGGCUAAGGAUGGGCAAGGAACUGCAGUUGGUCACACGGGUUCUGCUACUGGUCCAGCACGGGUUCUUCAAUCUGACUUGGAAGCCAGUGUAGGAGCAGCCUUGCAUAAUCUUCAAAACCCCAAUGCAGACGAAGAUAUCGAUGAUGAUGAAGAAGAUGUCCAUGAAGAUGGAGAAGAUGGAGAAGAAGAACACCCAGGCUUCUUGAACUUAUCGUACAUGACAUAA